GUAGUGGGUCCACCUGGAACUGGAAAAACUGAUGUAGCAGUCCAGAUAAUAUCCAAUCUUUAUCAUAAUUUCCCAGAACAACGAACUCUUAUAGUUACGCACUCUAAUCAGGCCUUGAACCAGCUGUUUGAAAAAAUCAUGGCUCUGGACAUUGAUGAGCGCCACCUCCUGCGUCUGGGUCAUGGAGAAGAGGAAUUAGAGACAGAGAAAGAUUUCAGCAGGUAUGGAAGAGUUAAUUAUGUACUGGCUCGAAGACUUGAACUUCUGCGAGAAGUUGGGCGGUUGCAAGAGAGUCUUGGAGUCCCAGGAGAUGUUUCUUACACUUGUGAAACAGCUGGCCACUUUUUCUUAUACCAAGUAAUGUCUCGCUGGGAGGAGUAUAUCAGCAAAGUGAAGGUUAAAGGUGGAAAAUUGCCAGAUGUUAUGGAUGUCUCCAGUUUCUUUCCUUUUCACCAGUACUUUGCAAAUGCUCCUCAACCAAUUUUCAAAGGCAGAUCCUAUGAAGAAGAUAUGGAAAUAGCUGAAGGAUGUUUUAGACACAUUAGGAAAAUAUUCACUCAGCUUGAGGAGUUCAGAGCAUUUGAACUUCUCCGCAGUGGCCUGGAUAGAUCCAAAUACCUGUUGGUGAAAGAAGCAAAAAUUAUUGCCAUGACUUGUACUCAUGCUGCUCUGAAACGACAUGACCUGGUUGAAUUAGGUUUCAAAUAUGACAACAUCUUAAUGGAAGAGUCUGCUCAGAUUCUGGAGAUAGAAACCUUUAUACCUCUCCUGUUGCAGAACCCCCAGGAUGGAUUCAGCCGUUUGAAGCGGUGGAUUAUGAUUGGUGACCAUCAUCAGUUGCCACCAGUCAUUAAGAAUAUGGCUUUUCAGAAAUACUCCAACAUGGAGCAAUCACUUUUUACACGGUUUGUUCGUGUUGGAGUACCAACUGUUGAUUUGGAUGCACAAGGAAGAGCAAGAGCAAGUUUAUGUAACCUCUACAACUGGCGGUACAAGAAUCUGGGUAACCUGCCUCACGUGCAGCUUCUGCCAGAGUUCAGAACAGCCAAUGCUGGGUUUUUGUAUGACUUCCAGCUUAUAAAUGUAGAAGACUUCAAUGGUGUGGGAGAGUCUGAACCCAAUCCUUACUUCUAUCAGAAUCUCGGUGAAGCGGAGUAUGUUGUAGCACUCUUCAUGUAUAUGUGCCUGCUUGGUUAUCCAGCAGACAAGAUAAGUAUCCUGACAACAUACAAUGGACAGAAACACCUGAUCCGUGAUGUCAUUAAUCAACGGUGUGGUAAUAAUCCACUGAUUGGACGGCCAAACAAGGUGACAACUGUGGACAGAUUUCAAGGUCAACAGAAUGAUUAUAUUCUCCUUUCACUAGUGCGUACCAAAGCUGUAGGCCACCUUCGGGAUGUCCGACGAUUAGUCGUUGCAAUGUCAAGAGCCAGACUCGGGCUUUAUAUCUUUGCGAGGGUAUCACUGUUUCAGAAUUGCUUUGAGCUAACUCCAGCUUUCAGCCAACUCACAGCUCGACCACUUCACCUCCAUAUCAUUCCCACAGAACGUUUUCCAACAGCAAGACAGAAUGGAGAAAGACCAUCUCAUCAAACACAUAUUAUUAAGAACAUGCCCCAGAUGGCUAACUUUGUGUACAAUAUGUAUAUGCACUUGAUACAGAGUACACGCCACUAUCAGCAGCGUUUACUGCCCCCACCUGCCAUGAUUGAGGAAACUGAACCUGCUCAAACUCAAGAGACUGAAGUAGAAAGUGAAGUGCAGGGCAUGCAAGAGGAUGCAGAAGAAGAAGAAAAUAAAGUAGAAGAAGAAACGCUAAAGGAAGGAGAAUUGAAAUUGCCCGAAGUGGAUGAGCAUCGGACAAUGCCGGAACAUCCUGGAAGGGACAGUGAUAGUGGAGACAGUGAACCUGAGAAUGAGACUGAAAAGUGAUCCAUGUGGUGUUUGUCCUCUACAUGUUUUGGGAAACAGGCAGGGGAAGAAAACAGUUAGAAAUAAAAUGGCCUUUUUUACACUGACUUUUUUAA